AUGACCAAUUUAUUAAGAAAAUCGAAUUUUCAUUUUCGAUUAGCUUUCAAGGAAGAUAAUCAGGAUAAAAUAUUUUAUGUUAAAAAUUCGUGGAGAAUUGAUGCCUUGCAAAACUUGUCGUUUCCGGAUGAUAAGGUUAUUUGUGAAUUGGAGGUCACUGAUUGUAAGGAGUUUUGGACGAGAAGCGUGACAAUUGUGGAUUUGAAACGUUCCAAACCAGAAAACAUUCAUGAUAUUUCAAAAUAUUGCGGAGCCACAUAUGCAGCAUUGUCGGGACUUGAAGAGUAUGAAAAUCAUAAAUUAACGUGUAGGAUUACGAACACAGAAAAUCAUGUUCGGAUUCUAUGGAGGUGGUCAAUGGAAAAUGCAGCGGCCACUGCACUGACCUUAAAAUUCACACUCGGAAGUCUCUUGUUAACGCCGGUUUCGUACUUUGAAACUCACAAAAUGUGGCGAGAGUGGAUGGACUUUUUUAUUAUGGAACGACAACGUCUCACGAUUGCCAGUACGGCAUUGGAAACGCGUGUCUCUGAUUUGGAAAAUGUGCGUGAUCGAAUGCAAGAAAGGAUUGAACUCAUGAUUGCAGAGAAAAUUAAUCACGAAUCAAUUUUAAUGGACAAGUUCAAGAAAGUUCUCAAUACAAAGAAGAAGAAAAUAAAAAAUCUGAUGAGUGCACUCAACGCAACCGGCGCAAUAAUUUCAAGCCAAGCUGAACAAUCAAAAGUGUUAUCAGAAGAAGUUCCCAUGGAGGAAUGUGAUGAAUCUCAUGAUGAAUUAAUGAUCGACUCAUCAACAAAUCGUAAAUCAAAAAAUACAUCCCGUGGACGCCCACCGAAUUCGAAACUCGCCUCUGACUCUUCUGUUAGGACUCUUAAGAAAUUGAAGUUAGAUGAUAAUAAUAUAACCAAGAGUAAAAAGGACACCGAGACGUCCAACAAACAGCAAGGUGCUGAAUCUGUACUAACCAAAACUUUUCGUGGUCAAAUAAUGAAAUCAAGAAGGAUGGGUCGGAAAAAAGCCAAUACAACUGUCAAUAACGAUGCGUUAAACUCACUCAAUGAAAUUUUGGUUGGCGCCAACGAUACAAACAUUAAUACAUUUGAAGACAACUCUCAGGAAAAUAGCGAUCAAGAUAAUACAGCUGACAAUUUAUUAGACGAGUUGUGA